GAGGCUGGAGGAUCCCACAUUGGUCCUGCUCCUUCCUCCCUCCCUCCCUCUCCUUCCUCCCCCAUCACCACCGCCCCCACAGCUGCUGUCUCCCCCACACAGGCCGGGGAAGGAGGGUAGGGGCGGGCAGAGAGGAGGAGUUGGGGACGGUGGGAUCCGAGAGCCCCAGAGUGCCAGGCAGACAGAGAAAGCACCAGCAUUAGCUCCUGAAACCUUCUCCUCUAGGCCCCCUCCCCAAUUAUGCUGGGGAGUCUGAGCUUCUGGAUGCUUCUUCCCGCUGCUGUGCAGGCCCCAGCAGGUCAUCGGACUUGUGUGUUCUUUGAAGGCCCUGGAGUGCAGGGAAGCACAAGGGCCCUGGGGGAGCUACUAGAUGCAGGGCCAGGCCCCCCCAGGGGUAUCCGUUGCCUCUACAGCCAUUGUUGCUUUGGAAUAUGGAACCUGACUCAGGAUGGAGCCCAGCUGGAGAUGCAGGGUUGCAGAGACAGUGAUGAGCCGGGUUGUGAAUCCUCCAGGUGUGAGCCAGCCCGCCUUGCCCAUGCCACCCCUGCCUCCACUCUGUUCACCUGCUCAUGUGGCACUGAUCUCUGCAAUGCCAACUACAGCCACUUGCCACCUCCAGGGAUCUCAAGGACCCCCAACUCUGAGGGUCCCCAAUCUCCACCUGGGGACUCCCUUCUAGUGGUGGUGUCUCUGCUGGUGCUGUUCUUCCUUCUUAUGCUGGGCAGCAGCAUCUUGGCCCUUCGACAGUGGAAGGCAUUUAGGGCCUCGGGGGGCCAGGAGCUAGAAGCGGAGCCAGGCAUCGGUUGGAGCCAGGAGUUGCCGGAGCUACAAGAGUUAUACUUCUCUCAGAUCCUGCAAGAGGGGGGCCAUACGGUGGUAUGGGCAGGACACCUUCAAGGGGAGCCAGUGGCCAUCAAGGCCUUCCCCAUGAGGGCAGCACCCCAGUUUCAGACAGAAAGGGCACUCUAUGAGCUCUCAGGCCUGCAACAUGACAACAUAGUACGAUUUAUUGCUGCUGGCAGAGGGGGCCCCAGUUCCCGGCCCCCUGGUCCCUUGCUGGUACUUCAGCUGUACCCCAAGGGCUCCCUGUGCCACUACCUGGCUCACCAUACCUGUGAUUGGGGCCUUUCUCUAAAGCUCGCACUCUCUCUGACAAGGGGCCUGGCCUUCCUUCAUGAGGAAUCCUGGAGGGAUGGUCAAUAUAAACCAGGCAUUGCUCACAGGGACCUCAGUAGCCACAACGUGUUUGUUCGAGAUGAUGGUUCUUGUGCUAUUGGAGACCUGGGUCUUGCCUUGGCACUUCCUGGUCUCACUCAGCCCCCUACCUGGCUUCCCACUCAACCCCGGGGCCCAGCCACCAUCAUGGAGGCUGGAACUCAGCGAUACAUGGCCCCAGAGAUUCUGGACAAGACUCUAGACCUUCAGGACUGGGGGAUGGCCCUUCGGCGGGCCGAUAUCUACUCUCUUUCACUGCUCUUGUGGGAGAUGCUAAGUCGAUGUCCUGACUUAUGGCCUGACCACAGGCCCCCUCCGUUCCAGCUGGCCUACGAAGCCGAACUGGGGAGCAGCCCCACCACCUGCGAGCUCUGGGCCCUGGCUGUGGCAGAAAGAAGGCGGCCUCACAUUCCCCCCAGCUGGUACCGUACCACCAUGGAGCCCGGGGGAUUGCCUGAGCUUCUGGAGGACUGCUGGGAUUCAGAUCCUGAAGCUCGACUUACAGCUGAGUGUGUGCAGCACAGAUUGACCAGGCUGGAAUACACUGCUGAGGCCCCUGACUCUGAGGAGGCUUCUCCCAAUGUCCUUCCUUCCUUCUGCCCCCAAGCCUGUCCUGCCAGCCCUGGGACAGCAGCCCCACUCCCUUGGCAAGGGACCUCUUUAGAUCCUAGCUGAGCAUUUGCAACAGCGCUCCCUUACCAAAAGGAAUCAGCAUCUGCCAAGUAUUGUCAUGAUUGUAAAUAUGUAGAUAUGUAGUUUGUAUGUAAUCCAUGUACGUGUACACACAUGUAUAUACACCUAGCCAUAUAUGCACUAAGACAUAUGGAGAGUGAUUGUAUGACCAGCUGUUUAGCCUCACAACCCUGCUCAUGAUUUUCUAUAGGUUUCCUGAUCCAUGACUAUCAGUGGAUCGAUCUGGAAGAUGGAAAACUUUGGCAAAAUGGCAGAGGAGGGAUGUGAAAAUGGGGAAGGGAAGAAAAAAGGGCAUAGAAUAAGCAGCAAAGAGAUGUAAACAGAUUUAUAGCUUAAUGAAAGACAAUUUUCUCAAUCCUUCUAUUUUUUGACCUUCUAGACACUUUUUUGGUUUCUUUCUUUUCUUUUCUUUUUAAAAUAU